AUGCCCAUCCAAACUUUUUUAGACGAUAAAGAAUUCUCUCAGCCCGAAAUGUUCGAGAACAAAAAUGUCACUUUGGAAAAAGUUGAUCGCGAGAAAAUGACUGUGGGUGACUUGAUUCUUCGAUGCCCAUCGAACACCCUGUGUGAAGAUCUGAACGAACCGUGUAUAAAGUGUGAAUUGAGUAAUAAAUGUCGCUAUGGUGCCCUUGUGAACACCACAUGUCGAGUAGCAGCGCAAGUAAAUUGCCGAGGCCCCACACAGUUCGAAAGGACUUUCAUCUGCAGGUAUUGCUAUCAGACCGAUCACUGGGAGCACAGCUGUAAUCUUUUAGCAAACUGCAACUCUGUCGCAGCUCCAAGGGCACUUUACAUCACCAACUGCACCGUGAAAGAUGAUAUUUUAUGCCUGG